CGCCAUAAAAAGAAUGCUUCAGGCUAGAAAGUUCUAAGAUUGGGGUGGACCUCUCCAUUCAUGUGGCAUGGUCUCUGUGAGCCAGGAUUGGCAGGUGACUCCGAUGCCCGCGAUAACCAACCCUGCGUGUGGCGCGUUGGGGACUUUAGGUUUAACUUUCUCUUUUGGUUCCAGCGAGCAUUCUAGAAAAAUUCAUGGAGUUUGUGAUUUCAUCAUUAGAAGAUGCUAAUGCAGAGCUGACUGGCAUUUAGAAAGUUGCUCCUGACUGUUCGUCAGUAAAGGUGACAGCAAAGAUGUUUUCCAGGUUAAGAGCGGUCACCACUCCUUGUAAUUUGACAUGUCGUCAUUUGCACCGGAAAGAGAAAGGCAAGCCACUCAUGCUGAACCCAAGAACAAACAAGGGAAUGGCAUUUACAUUACAAGAACGACAAAUGCUUGGUCUUCAAGGACUUUUACCUCCUAAAAUAGAGACACAAGAUAUUCAAGCCUUACGAUUCCAUAGAAACUUGAAAAAGAUGAGUAGCCCUUUGGAAAAAUACAUCUAUAUAAUGGGUAUCCAAGAAAGAAAUGAGAAACUGUUUUAUAGAAUACUACAGGAUGAUAUCGAAAGUCUAAUGCCAAUUGUAUACACACCAACAGUUGGGCUUGCCUGUUCCCAGUAUGGACACAUCUUUAGAAGACCUAAGGGAUUAUUUAUUUCAAUCUCAGACAGAGGUCAUGUUAGAUCAAUUGUGGAUAACUGGCCAGAAAAUCAUGUUAAGGCCGUGGUGGUGACUGAUGGAGAGAGAAUUCUGGGUCUUGGAGAUCUGGGUGUCUAUGGAAUGGGAAUUCCAGUAGGAAAGCUUUGCUUAUAUACAGCCUGUGCGGGAAUACGGCCCGAGAGGUGCCUACCAGUGUGCAUUGACGUGGGAACUGACAACAACGCACUCUUAAAAGAUCCAUUUUACAUGGGCUUGUAUCAGAAACGAGAUCGCUCUCAACUUUAUGAUGAUCUGAUUGAUGAGUUUAUGAAAGCAAUUACUGACAGGUAUGGCCGGAAUGUGCUUAUUCAGUUUGAAGACUUUGGAAACCAUAAUGCCUUCAGGUUCUUGAGAAAAUACCGGGAAAAAUAUUGUACCUUCAAUGAUGACAUUCAAGGGACAGCUGCAGUUGCCCUAGCUGGCCUUCUCGCAGCCCAAAAAGUUAUCAAUAAACCCAUCUCAGAACACAAAAUCUUAUUUCUUGGAGCAGGAGAGGCAGCUCUUGGAAUUGCAAAUCUGAUAGUGAUGUCUAUGGUCGAAAAUGGCCUCUCAGAAGAAGAGGCACAAAAGAAAAUCUGGAUGUUUGACAAGCAUGGUUUAUUAGUUAAGGGGCGGACUGCUAAAAUAGAUAGUUACCAGGAGCCAUUCACUCACUCAGCCCCCGAGAACCUACCUGAUACUUUCGAAGAUGCAGUGAAUACACUCAAGCCGUCAGCUAUCAUUGGAGUUGCAGGUGCUGGCCGGCUCUUUACUCCUGAGGUUCUCAGAGCCAUGGCCAGUAUCAAUGAAAGGCCUAUCAUAUUUGCAUUAAGUAAUCCUACUACGAAGGCUGAGUGCACCCCAGAAGAAGCAUAUACACUCACAGAGGGCAGGUGUUUAUUUGCCAGCGGCAGUCCCUUUGGGCCAGUGAAACUCCAAGAUGGACGAGUCUUCACACCAGGUCAAGGAAACAAUGUCUAUAUUUUUCCAGGUGUGGCUUUAGCUGUGAUUCUCUGCCAAACAAGACAUAUCAGUGAUAGUGUUUUCCUAGAAGCUGCGAAGGCACUAACAAGUCUACUGACAGAUGAAGAGUUAGCCCAAGGGAGACUUUACCCACCACUUGGUAAUAUUCAAGAAGUUUCAAUUAACAUUGCUAUAAAGGUUACAGAAUACCUUUAUGCUAAUAAAAUGGCUUUCCGAUACCCAGAACCUGAAGACAAGGCCAAAUACGUUAAAGAAAGAAUCUGGCGAAGCGAAUACGAUUCCCUGCUGCCCGACGUCUAUGAGUGGCCAGAGUCGGCAUCCCGACCUCCCCAGAUAACCGAGUAGCAGCCCGCCACCCAGGCUUUCUGUGCUGCAGGGAACUCCUUUUGUUACACAAAAGAGAUGAUGUUCUCAGAUUUAUGGUGUUGUCUUUGUUUAUUCUUGCCCACCACUUUGCUUGGCCUUUUUUCCCUCCUGAAUCUCCAUGUGUUUGGGGAUAGAUGAGGAAUGUACAGUGAAAGCCCACCAGUACCUGCAAUCAAGUAACCACAGUGCUUUAGUCCUGAUUUCUAACCCAUACCACACCCAGGGGUGUUAAGAUUGGAUGUGCUGAUGUCUUCAUGUGGACUGUUGUUCGUGCUUGACCCACAGUAUUUGCUGCAGUCUAUUGUAUGAAUUUAUCUUCUCUCCCUAGCACUUGAGGGCUACAACAAUAGAUACUGACUUCUGUGGACAUUAGAAUUCUGACAAGAAGCCAAAUUUUAAUCUAAUUCCAAAGAAAAAUUGUCAGUAUCUAAAACUGAUCUUUUAUAUAUAUGUGUUGCAUUUUACCUACAUGUUCUGAAUUUCCUUUGCAAGUAUACAGAUCUGGGGAAAUAUGAAAAAGUUUUCCUAGUUAUCUGGAACUAAAUCAAGGCUUAUAUAAUAUUAUGAGAGAAUAAUAGGAACAAUUGCUGCCUUUAGACAAAUAAAACAGUCAUUUGCAAUGGUGAACAAGAACCACUUUAUUUAAUAAAAAUUAUGCCCUAACUUUAA